AUGGCCGAUUCUGCCAACGCCCCCAAGCCGAGCAGCAGCGUCAAGCUUGUGCUUCUCGGUGAAGCCGCCGUCGGAAAGUCGUCUCUCGUUCUGCGCUUCGUUAACAACGACUUUCAAGAAAACAAGGAACCUACUAUUGGUGCCGCCUUCUUGACUCAAAAAUGCAAUCUCCCCACACGGACAAUCAAGUUUGAGAUUUGGGAUACUGCUGGCCAGGAGCGCUUCGCCUCGCUUGCUCCCAUGUAUUACCGAAACGCCCAGGCCGCCCUCGUCGUCUACGAUCUCACCAAGCCUACGUCACUCAUCAAGGCCAAGCACUGGGUGGCUGAGUUGCAACGACAAGCGUCCCCUGGUAUCGUUAUCGCAUUGGUAGGCAACAAGCUGGAUCUUACAGGCGACUCUUCUGUUGCCGUUGAUGGCGAGGAUGGUGAAGAGGGAGAUGACACCGGCGAUGCCCGCAAGGUUCCGACAGAAGAGGCUCAGGCAUACGCAGAAGAGGAGGGAUUACUAUUUUUUGAGACCAGUGCCAAGAGUGGACAUAACGUUACUGAGGUAUUCACUGCCAUCGCCAAUGCGAUACCCGAGACAUCGUUGAAGAGUGCGAGGGGAGCUGGCGCAACAAAUGCUGCCAGCCGAGGAGGCGAGGAGCAAAGAGUGAACCUUGGCGGCCCUAAGGACGUUGGUGCUAAGGACAGCUGCGCCUGCUAG